AUGAGAAUACAUGAGGGGUUACUUUUUUGUAGAAGGAAUAUUUUUAUUCUUAAUUCUUUAAAAAGAAUUCAUUCUCAAAGAAAACAUGAAAACACUAUUCCUCUAUAUGAAAGGAAUAGUAGAUAUAAAUAUAAAAAAGAAAAGUUACUAAAAAAAUUAAAAAUACAAAUAUCACAUUUAAAUAAGAAAAAAGAUGAAGAAAGAGAUCCUUCGUUUUUUAUAACAAAUGAAUCUAUAAAUUCUCAAAUAGGAUAUGAUAAAUUAUUAUUAUUACAAAGAAAUAUUGAUAUAGAUGAUUAUACUAAUAAUGUGGUACGAGUUGACAAAAAGAAUGAGGAACAUAUAUUUGAUGAGGAUAAUAACAAAGAUAUGUAUUAUACACAAAAAAAUAUAAGUAUAAGUAAAAGUAAAUGUAUAAAUGUUAUAAAUGAAGAUAUUGAAAAAAAAAAAAAAAAAAUAAAUAAUAUUAUAUCUAUAUUAAACGAUAUACCCUUAUCCUUUAUUCAUUUUAAGAAGAUAUACUUUUUAUUAUUGAAGAAUGAAAAGGAUAUUUAUGAUUUAUUAAAAUAUAUGAAAAAUAAAAAUUUCUUAAAAUUAUGUAUUCUUAUGAAUAAAAAGAAAUGUCGUAAUUAUGUAACUGAAAAAGAGUUCUUAAGAAGAGUAAAUCAUACGAUUGAAUAUUUAAUGAAUGAGUCAACUCUAAAAGGAAAUCAUAAUAAUACAAACAUAAAUAAUCCUAUUGAUAAUAAUAAUUCUAUUCAUUUUGAUAAAUAUGAUGAAAACAAACAUAUAUUUUUUAAUCAUUGCAAUUUUAUAUACAUUCUCGAAUAUAUUCAUUAUAUAGGACUACAUAAUUUAGGUACCAAAAAAAAUAAAAAUAAAAUAACAACAAAUAAUAAAAUAAUCCAAAAUAAUAAUAAUAAUAUUAAUAGGUGGGAUUAUAAAUAUCUACACAAUAUUUAUAAUAAUAUCUUAUGUCUCAUUUUAAAAAAAAAUAUCUUAGAUAUCAAACACAUUAUGAAUAUUCUAUAUAUUAAUGAUAAAUAUUUAUAUUUUAAUAAAUAUUUUUUUGAGUAUAUAGAUAUGUCUUUUUCUUCCACCUUUCUUAGUUACAAUGAACAUGAAAUAACAUACUUUUUAAAAUAUCUAAGUAAAAUUCUUUUUUCUUUAUCUAUUCAUAAAUUUAAUAUUGACAAUGAUUUAUAUACAAAUAGGUUGUUGAAACGAUAUAUUUGUAAAAGUAUUAUAUUCAUAGAUUGUUAUAAAGAAUCAUAUUCUAGUGCGCUCUAUCAAUAUAAUAAUAAUAAUAAUAAUAAUAAUAAUAGUAAUGAUGAUGAUAUAUUUUUUCAUUUAAAUAAUUCAUGUGAUAAUAACAAUGAAGAAAAAAAUAAAUAUAAUACAAAUCAAACAAACGUUAAUAAUAAUAGGGUACAUCAUUUAUCUAUCAACUUGGAUGAAUAUAAAAAAAUGAUCAAGGGUAGUAACUUAAUAAAUGUUUUAAAUAGUGAACUACACAAAUAUUUACAUGAAUAUAAAUAUUAUAAUAUUAUUGACAUAUUUGAUUUUUAUACUAUAUUCGAAAUAAAUAAUAAAAAUAUAAUAAAAAGAUUUAUAAAUGAAAUAAAUAAAUUUGUUAAUAUAAUGAAAUAUGGUUAUCAAGCAAAGAUAUUAAUAUUAUUUGUAUUGAAUAAAAAAUAUUUACAAAUAGAAAAUAUGAAAACUAUAAGACGAUUAAUACGAAGAAUACCAUAUAUGUUAAAUUUUCAAUGGCCUAUAGAAUUUAUUAUAGAAACAACCAUUGCAUGUUUUAUAUUCCCCUUAUAUAAAGAUAAAAUAUUUAGAGAUUUAUUUUUAUAUAUGAAAAAUAAUAUUAAAAAAUGUAUUCAUCCAAUAUUUCUAAUAAAUUUAUUAAAAUGGUAUAGUAUUAUUACUAAUUCUUUUAUAUCAUAUGGAUUUUCAAAAAAUAAUAUUUAUGAUCAUGAUCAUAUUAAUAAUAAUAAUAAUAAUCAUUAUAAUGAUAAUAACAAUAAUAAUUUAUACUUAUCAACUAUAAUUUAUCCAUAUAAUAAUUCUUCUAUUCAAUAUACUACAUCAACAACAUAUAAAAAUAAUAAAAUCAAUUUUAUUAUAUUUCAACAAAUUAUAAAUUAUUUUAAAAAUAAUAUAGAUAAUAUCAACAUCUGUUAUGUUAUACACAUGCUUAAACAUUUAUGUGCUCUUAAUUAUAAAGAUGUAUCAUUUUUCUUUUUUUUCUUACAACACAAAAAUACAUUCAAUGAAAUUUUUCAAAUAAAUAAUAAAAAAGAUUUAGUUACAUUUUUCCAUAUUUUAUAUCAUUAUAAACAUUCUUUACACAACAAAAAUAAUAUACACAUAAAUAACAAUAUUUAUAUACAAUCAAAUCUCCUCAUCUUUUAUAUAGAAUAUGUACUCUUUUUAAUAUUAAAAAGGGUUCCUAAGACAUAUAAGCAAAAUUAUUAUGAUCACAUGGAAAAACAAACAAAACAAAAAAAAACAAAAAAAAAAAAUUGUAUAACAAAUAAUAGCCUCAUGAAUAACAUUAAACAAUCUCAUCAGAAUAAUAUGAUGAUACAAUUAAAUUCAAAUGAAACAUCUCAACAACUUAUAUAUAAUAAAUCAUCUCAACAACUUAUAUAUAAUAAAUCAUCUCAAAUGAAGUCAACUGAUAAUUAUAUAAAAACAACAAAAGGUUCUAACACAUUGCAUAUUUCUAUUUUGAAAGAUAAUGUUUGUAAUAUUGAAGAUGAAACGACAUGUACAAGUCAUGUAAAAAUAUAUGAAAAUCAAGAUAUAUAUGAUAAAUAUGGUAAAGAUGAUAAAUAUUAUAAAGAAGAAGAAGAAGAAAAAAAUGAUAUGCAGGUAUCAUUCGAUUCACCUUAUAAUAAAUCCUUCCAUAUUGAUAUAGAUAUUGAUACAUUUAUUUAUUUUUUAAAAGGUUUUAUAAAUUUAAAAAUUACCAAUAUGGAUGCUUUAUAUUAUUCUCUACAAUAUGUUAAUUCUACAAAUAAAAAAUUAUUUGAAUAUAACCAUAUGGUAAUUCUUCUUCAAUUUUUUUCUGAACAGUUCAUAACAUUUUUUCCAUUAUUAAAAGAAAAAAAAAAAAAAAGCGAAAAAACCAAAUGGCUAGUUCAGAAAUUUUAUUAUGAUAUAUAUGAAAUAACAAAAAAUAAUAUAAAUAAAAUGUGUGAUUUUUAUAUACCCCAUUGUACAUAUUCUAUUAUAAGUAUGUUAUUUAUAGAAACGAUAAUAUUAAAUAAUCAAAGUAAUAUAAGAGAGAUCGAAAUGUUGCAAGUUAUAGAAAAGAUAUUAAUAAUGUUUUGUAAUAAAAUGAGAGGAAGUACAUUAUUGAUAGUAGAACAAGGAGAAGACAAAAAAUGUGAUUCGCGAUUAUUACAUAUGAUAUCAAGUAUAUUACAAAGAAUAUAUAUAAAGAUGAAUAGAAGAUUGCCAGAUGAAUUACAUAAAUUUUGUACUUAUAUAGAGAAGAAUUAUGAAAUAAGAGAAAAUGUGAAGGAUAUUGAAAAAAGACAUGUACAGGAAUUUAUUUCUUUUUUUUCAAAUAUUUUAAAAACCAAAAAAAUUAAUCAUAUGAUAAAUUAUCAACUUUAUCCAUAUAACCUGGACAUAGUAAUCAUUCCAGAUGAUGAUAAUCAAAAUAUAAAUACAACAUUACAAAUAAUAAAAGACGAUCAAAAAAAAGAACAACAAUAUAUAAAUACACAUGAUCCAUUGUGUAUUCAAAAUAAUAAAGAAACAAAAAGAAAAAAAGCUAUUUUUGUUAUUGAUAACUUGGAUAAUAUGUAUUUAAAAAAUGUUGAUAUCACAUCUUUUUUUCACAAUUAUUUUGUAUGUAAUGGAAAUAUAAAUGAUACAAUGAAAGAAAAAAAUUUACAAUAUGAAGAUAAAUAUAAUGAAAACAAGAAAUAUCUUCAACACGAUCAUCUUAAACAAUAUGAUCAUGUAGAUAGAAAAAAAAAUUAUUUUGUUCAUAAUAAUCAAACAAAUACUUUUUUAAAAACAUAUGAAUAUAUAAGAGAAUGGUAUGUAAUAAAUAAUGAUUACAACAUAUCAUAUAUAUCAAAGGAUAAAUGGGAACAAUAA